CUUCUGCAGUGAGUACAGUAUUUACCGUGGCGGGAGGGCCUCUCAGAUAUGAGUAGGACCCGGAUUAAGGUCAGGUUGGAGGAAACUCCCACGGGAUAAGAGGCACUUUCUGAAUCUCAGAUCCCUCAGCCAAGAUGACCUCACCACAUGUCAUCUCUCUCUAUCAGCAAAUCCUUCCAUGUGGCUUGACCAUGUCUAGGAAACACCUUUGAUAAAAAUCAGUGGAGAUUAAUGUCUCGGAGGAUCCCCGGGCCUCCUUAGGCUAAUGUUAUCUAACGCUCUUUAAGCAAACAGAGCCUGCCCUAUAAAAUGCGGGGCUCAGGCGGCCUCUCAUCCCUGACUCAGGGUCGCCUUUGGAGCAGAGAGGAGGCAAUGGCCGCCAUGGAGAACAAGGUGAUCUGCGCCCUGGUCCUGGUGUCCAUGCUGGCCCUCGGCACCCUGGCCGAGGCCCAGACAGAGACGUGUACAGUGGCCCCCCAUGAAAGACAGAAUUGUGGUUUUCCCGGUGUCACGCCCUCCCAGUGUGCAAAUAAGGGCUGCUGUUUCGACAACACCGUUCGUGGGGUCCCCUGGUGCUUCCAUCCUAAGACCAUCGACGUCCCUCCAGAAGAGGAGUGUGAAUUUUAGACACUUCUGCUGGGAUCUGCCUGCAUCCUGACGCGGUGCUGUCCCCAGCACAGUGGUUAGUCCCAGAGCUCGGCUGCCACCUCCACCGGACACCUCAGACACACUUCUGCAGCUGUGCCUCGGCUCACAACACAGAUUGACUGCUCUGACUUUGACUACUCAAAAUUGGCCUAAAAAUUAAAAGAGAUCGAUGUUAA